UUUUUUCAGAAUAGACUCAGUGAGGACAAUGAUCAAUGAAGCCUCAACAGCAAGCUUACCCUCCUCAACAACAGCAAGAUUACCCCCCUGCCCCUGAUUAUAACGCUCAGCCAGCUCCCACUCCUCCUUACCAUGCUGGAAAUACUACCGUAGUGGUGACGGCUCCAGUCUUCUAUGGCUCCUUCCCAAUUACAACAGUUUGUAACAAUUGUCACGAGAACGUAACCACGGUUGUGACCCACGAAAUUGGCAGUGGAUCUUGGCUACUCUGUUUAGUUCUCUUUCUAUUUACUGGGAUGUGCUGCUUUCUCCCCUUCUGUAUCUCCUCUAUGCAGGAUCAUGUCCAUACCUGCCCUAAGUGUCAGCAUACCAUUGCUACUAAACGACUCAUGUAAAAGACCCUCUAUCACACUGAAUAUUUUGAUAAGCACGAUGUGGAAAUUAAUGUGUUGAGGCCGCAGCAGGUGGAAUCGUAUACUACAUAUUAUGAAUGUAUUAUACUGCUUACAUGACGCUGUGUGUUCACUCUGCACUGACUAAAGGAUUUGAGUUGAGAGUUUAUCACAUUACGCAAUGUUUGUGUUCUUUGUCUAUUAUGUAAUAUGUAGUUCUCACAAUCCUAUGUUUCAAGGGUCUUUUAUUUGUCUGAUAAUUGACCGUGUU